UUUGGAGAUCAAAGAAUUCCUUCUCUUUGAUCCCGGACCGCAUUACCCUGUCAUGCGUCAUGAUGGGUGAAUAUAUUUUACUCCGCUUAUUCAGAACUUGUACUUAAGCAUGCUUGCUUAGCAGGAGGACUUUCAACCGCCUUUUCUCAGAUAUUUGUCCCAGUAGAUCAUGACAAGAGAUGUUCCAACGAGACGUAGAGCGGUCUUGCUCGCCAUUUUCAUCGCUUUUGGCUUCUUGUUUGGGUAUGAUAUAGGCGUCAUUUCCGGAUGUCUGAUUAUGCCAGAUUUUAUCCGCCAAUUCGGCCAAGAAGGAACGAAUGGCCAGUACUACCUGUCAAGUUCGAGACAAUCGAUCAUCGUCUCUGUUCUAUCGGCUGGUGGAGCCAUCGCUCAAGCGUUCACAUCUGAUCGGUUGGGACGCCGUGGAUCUAUUCUGUUCUGGUCGGCUAUCUUCACUGUCGGCGUGGCUAUCCAGACCAGCACGACAUACUCUCUUGUUCAGUUGCUCGUAGGGCGUUAUAUCGCAGGCUUAGGUGCUGGUUCAUUGUCAGCUAUUGUGCCUCUGUAUAACGGAGAAACGGCACCGAAAGUUAUUCGUGGUACGAUCUUGGCUAUCUAUCAAGUUCAGAUUAUCUCGGGCGUAUUUUUGAGUUAUGUGUUUGAGCUUGGAAGUCACACAAUCAACAACUCUGCGUCCUGGCGACUCCCUAUCGGAUUGCAAAUGGUCUGGGGUAUCAUCAUUUUGUCUGGAAUGUUUUUCCUUCCAGAAUCUCCCCGACACCUUCUCGGAACUGGACGAGGUGACGAAGCGCGCAAGGUCAUUGCAGAACUCAACGGAGUCUCAGAAGACGACCCUCUUGUGAUUGAGAUUGUUAGGGAACUCGAUUUUGCUAUCAGAGCAGAGAAUGAAGGUGGCAAAGCGACUUGGUUAGAAUGCUUCUCCACGAGAAAUGCACUGUGGCGUCGGACAACCAAUGGCAUGAUGCUUCAAUUUAUUCAGCAGCUUAAUGGCCAGAACUUUUACUACUUCUAUGGCGACACCUUCUUUCAGAGUGCAGGUGCAGGGCUUUCGCCUUAUAUCAUCCAGACGGUUCUUGGAGCGGUGUCAGUUGUUGGAACUCUCCCCGCGCUGUACUUCAUCGAGACUUGGGGUCGCCGAAAGCUGUCAGAUGUCUGUGCACUAAUUGUUGCUGUGGUUGGGCAUGCUACCCUUGCGCCUCCUGGAACGCCAACUUCAGCACUUACUCCUCGUAAUAGAGCUGGGGGCAACGUUGUUAUUACUUUUGCAGUAUUUCAAGUGUUCAUCUUCAACACGACCUGGGGAUCUACUCCGUGGGUGUACCUCGGAGAGUCUUUCCCUCUUCGAGUGCGCCCCAAAUCAAUUGCUUUCGGGUGUGCGACAAGUAUGAUUGCUCCCUUUUCGCUAUUUGAAUUCGCUACUCAUGCUUGUUCAAGACUGAUUCUGGGACAUUUCUCGAUGUUUGAACACUUCGCCAGCAUUGGUCCAAUGAUAAUGUUUGUCUUCUUCGGCAUGCUUGUCUUUGGAUACAUCUACGUGUAUUUUGCCAUUCCUGAAACCAAAGGUCUAACUUUAGAAGAGGUGGACGAGUUGUAUCGCUCUGGCAUCGCACCCUGGCGAUCAGUAGGCUGGCGACCAAGCAAGAAGCAUUAUUAUCCCGAAGUACAUGAGAAACAGGGGUCGGACUCUGUGGAAAAUUGCUAG